AUGACGAAACCCGCCCAUGAGCUCGACUCUAUACCGGUUCCAGCCCAGCAACCUGCUUCUGGUGGCGGUGCCGUGUCUCCGAGCGACGCUUCUGCCUCGUCUGCGCCUACGUCUGCGUCUGCACCACCACCCCAAAAGACCCCUCCUCUUCACCAACGUGCUCCUACUAACGGUGCCGCCGCCGCCGUUAUUACCCCGCCGGCCAGUCCCCCCGUGCCAAGACCUGUCGACGAACAAGACGAAUCCCACUCCAUCUUUUCCCCUGCUGCUACUACGACUACUACGACUACCACAACCACAACCGCCGCCACCACUCACACGGCUGAUUCUGCAACGGCCCCUCCUAGUGACGACACAUGCUCAUUGGCGCAGUCGCAGACGAGCACGAACUACAGUUCUCGCCAGGAGUACAUGGACAGUUUGGUCCCGCCAUCCCAAGACCAAUUUGAAAAGAUUGCAGAGGUACAGCGCACACGCGAGGAGGAGCUAAAGAGGAAUAAGUCGAAGCGCCAGACCCAACACCUCCACGACCACUUUCACAACAUUCGGCGCUCGCAGGACGGACAAGGUGACGCUUCCGGGAACAUUUUCGACGAAGCGCAAAUAAUGUCGCAAGAUCCACCACCAGCUUCAACCAAAGAGAGUGAACAGGACGACAGCGAGGCGAUCAACAGGGCCGCGGCGCUGAUCCAACGCAACUACCGGGGUUAUCGCGUGCGGAGAGAGAUGCAGGGCAUGGGACUAAACGCAUCGACGAGAUGGGUCUCGGCCAUUGAUGAGCUGCAGUUCCGCGAGCUGAACCGGCCGCGCGCAAAGAGCUCCGUCGGCGCUGCUGCUUUGUCUCCCACCGGCGACAGACACAGCGUGCUUUCGAGAGAUGAUGAGGGCGGCAUGAGUCGUCCGUCGACAGCCCGUGAGAAUUGGAGGAAGGCGGCGACGAUUGCGCGGCGUGCGGGCCACGACGACGUCGAGUCCGACUCAGACUCCUCUGCGUCCUCGUCUGAAUCAGAUACGCCCGAGAAGAGGGCCGAGAAAAAGAAGAAGCGCGAGGAGGCCGUGGCGCGGCGAAAGAAGGAUUCCAAGAUGAUGGGGUUGCAGUAUUUCCUGGAGAUGGUUGACCUCAAGCAUCGCUACGGGAGUAACUUGCGCGUGUACCACGAGGAAUGGAAAAAGUCCGACACCACGGAGAACUUUUUCUACUGGCUCGAUUACGGCGGCGGUAAGAAUGUCGAAAUGGAGGCGUGUCCCCGCGAUCGUCUCGAGAGAGAACAGGUGCGAUACCUGUCCCGUGAGGAGAGGCAAUUCUACCUCGUGCAAGUCGACGACGAGGGACGGCUGUGCUGGGCCAAGAAUGGCGCGCGCAUCGACACGACCGAGGCAUUCAAGGACAGCAUCCACGGCAUCGUGCCCGCAGACGACCCGACGCCGGCGUGGUCGCAGAACAACACCCCGCAAACAUCCCCCGGAGCCGAAGCCGCCGACGAUAGCCGCUCCGAAUCCUCGGUAGAGUCAGCAUUGGAAGCAGAUCGCGCGGCAAAGUACGCCACGCCCGAGGUCGACGGCGCAACGGGCAUGAAGAAGGUAUCGCACAUCUCAGCAGCGACAAUCUUCAACAAGAUGCUGCGCAAGUCGGUCAAGAAGAACACCUGGAUCUUUGUCGCGGACACGAGCUUCCGGCUGUACGUGGGCAUCAAGUCGUCGGGCGCGUUUCAGCACUCGAGCUUCCUGCAGGGCAGCCGCAUCUCCUCGGCGGGUCUCAUCAAGAUCAAGGACGGGCGGCUGUCGAGCCUGUCGCCGCUCAGCGGGCACUACCGCCCUCCGGCGUCCAACUUCCGCGCCUUCGUCAAGAACCUCAAGGAGGCGAGCGUCGACACGUCACACGUGUCGAUAUCGAAAUCCUAUGCCGUGCUCGUCGGGCUCGAGGUCUACGUCAAGUCGCGGCAAAAGGGCAAGAAGGCGAUAGAGAAGAUGACGCACAAGAAGGAGAAGAUUAUGGAGCCUGAAGAGUUCCGGAAGCGCGAGGAAGAGGCCAAGGAUAAGAGCGAGAGCGCUGCCAAGGAGCGGAAAGUGCUCGAGAAGGAGGCCGAGGAGAGGGAGGAGAACAAGGCUGCGGUCAAGUUGCUGCGGAAGCUGAAUUUGGCGCCGCAGGUGCCGGCGGGCCAGAGGAGUGGUGAGGGUGAGGAGGAGGAGAGGGAGGAGCCUGUGAUGGAGACUUUGGCGGAGGAGAGGACUAGGGAGGACACGGCUGCAAAUUCUUCUGCUGCAGCUGCUCGUCCCACUGCUUCAUCUGCAAGGGCCUAG